AUGAAUGAGCUUUGUCCGGUAGCUGUCAAGCAGGGGACAAAUUGAAUAGAGGGGCAAUGAAGGAAGCCACAAACAACGUCUGAUGCUUUGUCGGACCUGCUAUUUUUACUUCCAGCGACUUCUUAAGUUCUUUCAGUCCAGAAGGUCAUUUUGACGGGAACAUGGGAUGGGAUUGGGUUCUUUGAAUACUUUUUGGCUCUUGAUUCUCGAUCGACUCGGUUGUUGUGGAGGGGUCCAAGUGUGGCUCGUCAGGCUUGCACGGUUUGUGCCUGAGCGGAACGAACGGUGGCUCAACCAUUCUUUCGGUCUGGUCUAUCAUUUGUGCCAAUCCAACUUGCGAGUUGCGACCCAGUUGAUUGCGAGACUCUGGAACCAAAAAAUAAAUUGGAGCCUCCAUGAUACAAGGAUCUGGAACAAACAAAGGCCGCUUGUCCGAGUUACACGCCGAGGCCGGGCCCUUGGACGGUGGCUGGCUUGACAGGGGUUCUUCCUCGCCCUCUCCACCUUCAUGUGCAUAUCGGUACCUA